CUACAAGCAAUAUGGCUCAAGUAGUACAGCUUUGCAUCCAUAUAUUGUAACCGAUUGGUUGUAUCUACUUUCCCCUUCUCCCACGCGGCGGUAAGAAUUUGGCCCCAAAGUAGGAGAGGGGUUGCAUGAGAACGUGCAGGCUCUAAACACAGUAGGCUGGCGAUCACAGUGAGCAUCCAAAUGCAUUUCUCAUAGUCUGAAGAUAUAUCUUUCUUCCUUUCUGUCUUCACAUCCAGAUACUCGACCAGCUUAGGAUGCCAGAUUCGAGAUGCCCUCACUCACGCCAGAGCAGAUUCAAUAUCAAAUGAGCCACAAAGAUGACGACCGAAGAGCAGGAAUCGUGGCUUCUAUCUCUAUCAUGCUGGCCGUCGCUUAUGGGGCAGUCAUUCUGCGAGUAGUGGCCCGACGGAUUGGUAGAGUGCCCUUGAAAAUGGAUGACUGGAUGAUUAUGGUGGGACUGUUUCUGACUACCUGCUUUGCUAUCGGCUGUUUUCUCUCUGUCGCCCUUGGAAUGGGCAGACAUGCCAUUAUGGUGAAGCAACCGACGCGAAUGGCCAAACAGAUCCUGACGAAUGAGGUCUUUUACACUCCUGCGUCAACAACCGUGAAAUUCAGCAUCCUCUUAUUCUAUCGACGACUAUUCCCGCUGCAGAACGGCCUUAACUGGACCCUACUCGGAGUCGCAGUGUUUUUGGUCGUCUUUGCUCUUGCUCAAAUGGUGAGCGUCAUUAUUCAAUGCACUCCCCCAGCAGCACUCUGGGAUCCAGUAGCUCAUCCGAAUGCUAAAUGUGACAAUUACUCUCCGGCUCUUUUGUUAUUUGCCAUUGUUAACGCUUCAACCGAUGUCUUCAUCCUAUGCAUUCCGCUACCGAUUCUAUGGAAACUUCGAGUCUCGGCUACCAGAAGGAAACAACUCAUUGGAAUCUUCCUGCUGGGUGGUUUGGUGUGCGUAGUAAGCAUCUGCCGAGUAGGUUACGUGACCCAAGUCACCCUGACAGACCCAAGCUGGGAUGAUGUCAACACAGUCAUACUAUCCGCGGUCGAAAACUGUGCCGGUGUUCUGAGUGCCUGUCUACCAACAACGUUGCCCAUUUGGCGUUACCUGAGACACGGUAAAGCUAGUCAAGAGGAGCCAGGACACCAUCUUCAGGAGUCAGAAAAUCCACGUAAAAAGCCAUCCUGUAAGAAGAACUGGUACACCGAUACCAUGCUCCUGAAUAGCAUUGCGAAAGACGACAUUAUCAGCGGCUCGAAUCCAUCUAGUGAGCACACUCAGUCGACAGUCAAACUUUUUAAUCCUGCCUCUGCUAUUCGUGUGACUACCGAUUUCCAACAGGAAGAUGAGAUCGUUUCAGAACGACUGCCUUCUUAUCAGCCGUACGAAUCCGUUUCUCAGAGAUGGUAGUCUUCCGCAAGUAAGGAGUCUCAUUCCAUAUCCAGGUCGACAAGUACGUCAGGAUGGAGUCCGCCUGAAUAUUAUAUCACGAUGAAGUAGCUACCUCACCCUUUGACAUCUUUUCGCGGAGUUUCGAACUGC